AGGCUAAUCCCGCCUCCGCUCUGCUUCCGGGGGUCUCCAGCCGCCGGCGCUGCCGCCUCGCCACAGCGCCCAUGUUGCUGAUAACGAGCGUCUGUUCUGGAGGGAUGGCCUUCCACGGUCUUUCUUUUGUUCACUCCAUCUGCCGCCCUCCGUCUCUGCUCACUUCUAUCAAAGCCCUAACCGUAGCUUUUCCCACCAUUAAUCCCCGGCAUCGUCUCCUUCGCCGGUCACCUUUUGAUUCCGCUAUCAGGGCACUCGCCUCCGCCGCUGUCUCGACGGCAUCCCCGGUGUCGCAAGAAGGAAAAGUUUCUGCGAAGGCGCAAUGGAAGGCCGCCAUUGACUUCAAGUGGAUUAGGGACAAUAAGGAUGUUAUUGCUGCCAACAUAAUGAAUAGAAAUUCUAAUGCAAAUUUGAAUGUCGUUCUUGACCUGUACGAGAAGUUCCUCAAUCUUCAAAAGGAGGUUGAACGUCUUCGAGCUGAAAGAAAUAUUGUUGCUGAGAAAAUGAGAGGAAAGAUAGAAGCAUCUGUGCGUCAAGCCCUUGUACAAGAAGGCAAAAAUUUGAAAGAAAAACUUGCUUCCCUUGAAGAAGAUCUAGUGCACCUAACAGAUCAACUUCAACAAGAAGCACAAUGUAUACCGAAUAUAACCCAUCCAAAUGUUCCUAUUGGGGGAGAGGAAAGUUCUGUAAUAAGAAAGAUGGUAGGAAGUCCAAGGGAGUUUACCUUUAACAUCAAAGAUCAUCUUGAGCUAGGAAAGGAACUUGAUCUGUUUGAUUUUGAUGCAGCUGCUGAGGUCAGUGGUUCGAAGUUCUACUAUCUAAAGAAUGAAGCAGUCUUGUUGGAAAUGGCUCUCAUUAAUUGGGCAAUUGCAGAAGUCUCAAAACAAGGGUUCAAGCCUCUUAUUACUCCAGAGAUUGUAAGAUCAUCUGUUGUCGAGAAGUGUGGAUUUCAACCACGUGGGCAGAAUACACAGGUAUAUUCUAUUGAAAACAGUGACCAUUGUCUCAUUGGAACAGCAGAAAUUCCUGUUGGAGGCAUUCAUAUGGAUUCAAUUCUUCUUGAAGCAGAUUUGCCCUUGAAGUAUGUGGCCUACUCGCACUGUUUCCGCACUGAAGCUGGUGCUGCAGGCACAGCUUCAAGAGGCCUUUACAGAGUUCACCAGUUCAGUAAAGUUGAGAUGUUUAUAUUCUGUCGUCCAGAGGAUAGUAACCUAUACCAUGAAGAACUCAUCGCCAUCGAGGAAGAACUUUUCAGCUCUCUUGGACUUCAUUUCAAGACCCUGGAUAUGGCAACUGGUGACCUCGGUGCACCUGCAUAUCGCAAGUUUGAUGUGGAAGCAUGGAUGCCAGGAUUAGGUCGGUUUGGUGAGAUAUCGAGCGCAUCAAACUGCACAGAUUACCAAAGUCGGAGGCUGGGCAUCCGCUUCCGUCCAUCUGAUGCAUCGACAAUUUUGAAGAAAGGCAAGAGCGGCAACCAGACACCAACACAAUUUGUGCACACCCUGAAUGCAACGGCUUGUGCCAUUCCUCGCAUGAUUGUGUGUCUGCUGGAAAACUUUCAGGAGGAGGAUGGGUCUGUGGUGAUUCCGGAACCACUAAGACCAUACAUGGGAGGACUGAGUGUCAUCUCUCCGAAAGCAAAAAGAAUAUGAGAACUCUCAAGUUGAAUUCCUCGUUGAUAAUUUAUACAUUCAAAGUAGAAGAUUGAAAGGUUUGCAUCCUGACGAUUUUUGCAUUGGAAUCACAGAAAGCAGAACAAUUUGGCAGCGGAGGGGUAGCUCCAUGAUAAUAAGUUUUCUUCCCCAUAAUUUUUGUUCUUCAACAGCUGAUCCUAUAAUUCAAUGCUGCUUGUCGUUUAAGGCGAAGAAACGCCAUGUGAGGAAUUUAAUUCGAGCAUAAACACCAACUCCAUGUUAUUGAUUUAAGACAUGAAUUUUGUUUGGAUGGACAUGACAUUAUUUAAAACUUCUUUAAGCACAACAAA